UGGGCUCUACCCAGCCGCCGGACCUCCGUCCUGCGGGGCAGCGCACCUGCCGCCCGGGCCGCGGCUCCCGUCCCGGGCCCCACACUGCCGAGGCUGCCGAGGCAGGCCCGGGGCGUGGCCGCACCCGGCGCACCUGGGCGAGCAGGCAGGUGGGACGCGCCGCGGGCCCGGGACCCCGCCCUCGCGCGGGGGAGGAGCGGGCGGCGGGCCGGGAGCUGGGAGCCCGGCGGGCCGCGGACGCAGGCGCCGCGCUGGGGCCGCCGAGAUCGGGUGCCCGGGAUGAGCUUCACCCGGAAAAAGGGCUUCUACAAGCAGGACGUCAACAGGACCGCCUGGGAGCUGCCCAAGACCUACGUGUCCCCGACGCACGUAGGCAGCGGGGCCUAUGGCGCCGUGUGCUCCGCCAUCGACAAGCGGUCAGGGGAGAAGGUGGCCAUCAAGAAGCUGAGCCGGCCCUUCCAGUCCGAGAUCUUUGCCAGGCGGGCGUACCGAGAGCUGCGGCUGCUGAAGCACAUGCAGCAUGAGAACGUCAUCGGGCUCCUGGAUGUCUUCACCUCAGCCUCCUCCCUGCGUAGCUUCCAUGACUUCUACCUGGUGAUGCCCUUCAUGCAGACGGACCUGCAGAAGAUCAUGGGGAUGGAGUUCAGUGAGGACAAGAUCCAGUACCUGGUGUAUCAGAUACUCAAGGGUCUCAAGUACAUCCACUCAGCUGGGGUCAUCCACAGGGACCUGAAGCCGGGCAACCUGGCCGUGAACGAGGACUGUGAGCUGAAGAUCUUGGAUUUCGGGCUGGCCCGGCAUGCAGAUGCCGAGAUGACAGGCUAUGUGGUGACCCGCUGGUACCGGGCCCCCGAGGUGAUCCUCAGCUGGAUGCACUACAACCAAACUGGUCAGUGGCCAACUGCCCAGGGAGGGGCCGGGGCUCUUCUCUGGCGGCUCCUCCAAGGCCGUUUUGGUUACUCUGGGUGGACUGACUGCCGGGUCAGCUGGUCCUCCCCUUCCUCUGCAGUGGACAUCUGGUCUGUGGGCUGUAUCAUGGCAGAGAUGCUGACGGGGAAGACUCUGUUCAAGGGGAAAGAUUACCUGGACCAGCUGUCCCAGAUCCUAAAAGUGACGGGGGUGCCGGGUGCAGAGUUUGUGCAGAAGUUGAACGACAAAGCGGCCAAAUCCUACAUCCAAGCCCUGCCACAGAGCCCCAAGAAGGAUUUCUCUCAGCUCUUCCCACGCGCCAGCCCCCAGGCCAUAGACCUGCUGGAGAAGAUGCUGGAGCUGGACGUGGACAAGCGCCUGACGGCCUCGCAGGCCCUCGCCCACCCCUUCUUUGAGCCCUUCCGAGACCCUGAGGAGGAGACAGAGGCCCCGCAGCCCUUUGAUGAUUCCUUAGAACAUGAGAAACUCACAGUGGAUGAAUGGAAGCAGCACAUCUACAAGGAGAUUGUGAACUUCAGCCCCAUUGCCCGGAAGGACUCACGGCGCCGGAGCGGCAUGAAGCUGCAGUGACCCGUCUAGCCGGACCCCUGGCUGAGCCCAGGGACUGCCCCCUGGCACCACCUGCCAGAUACUGCCCCUAGGACCGAUAGCUGCUUGUCACUUCUACUGGUCCAGCCCUUCUGGGAUUAUCGCCUUCCGGGCGGAGGAGAGAGGGGCCUUGUCCUGGUGUAGGAAACAGGCCUUGUAGCUGCAGAAUUCAGAGAUGUUGGUUGAGAGAAAAUAGCUCUGAUCGCAGCCAGCCACAUUAAAACGUCCAUCUGGAGACUCGCCCACGUGUGGGGUCCUU